AUGGCCCCUCUCAUCUUGCGUAGUCAACCGUUUGGUGAGCGCAUACCACCAAAUAAGCGCCAUUCAAUUAUUCCUUCCUUACCAACCUGGGAAUCUGUAGGCGGUUUUGGAAGGGGAGAAGACUGGGUGUUGCUUAAAGUGAAAUCCGGAUACCCACGAUUCUGCCUAAACGAAAAUGUCAAGCAACUGAACCGCACUGUUCUUACCCGAUUGAACAUCUCGGAAAGCGAUGGCAUGACAAGUGCGGUAUUCGUCUCUGCACAAAGCGCAACUCGGUGUGCGGCCGAUUUGAACAAAGUGAUAUCUUCCUGCACAGAGUUCUCGAUUGUUCAUUUUUUUCAAGCCGGCGAGGCAUCAACUGAAACCCAAUGGGCACAGUUCUAUGCAAUAAUUUAUCCAGCCGACCUUUUUGACGUGGUAUUUAGCUAUUGGCGUGAUAGUGGCGAUGGUAUCUCGACUCGUCACACAAACUUCUGCUUACGACGGUUCGAUUAUCUUCAAUCUAAGUCAACCAACCAAGCAUUCUGCACAUUGCCAACCAAUCCCAUUACAAUGCUUAAUGAACACGCCAUGGGGCUAAGCACUUCGGGAGUCAUCGAGAGAGAUUUUAUUAAAUCAAAUAUAGCUAGAUUGGUUCAAUCCGAGAAACCUGGCCAGCACCAUGUUUCUUUGGGGGAUAUCUUUCUACAUCCAGGAGGGAUGGCCGCCAUCAAUUCUGUGGCACGGGCACUAGUUGGCCUUGGAAUCGAUUCGGGUAUUGUUGGUUUUGGUUACCUUUAUGGGGAGACCGCUACAGUUCUCAAGCGUCACUGGUCAGAUUUCAAAUUAUAUUCUCAUGCCACUUCGGAGGAGCUUGACGAACUCGAAGCAUCGCUCAAAUCCGGGACAUGUGUUAAUGCCUUGUGGACCGAUCUUCCUGGCAAUCCGACCCUAGUCACGCCUGAUAUGCAUCGUCUUAGACGGCUUGCCGAUGAAUACGACUUUCUAAUCAUUUGUGAUGAGACUGUUGGCACAUUCAUCAACACUGACCUUCUACCCUACGUUGAUAUUCUCAUGACCAGCCUGACGAAAAUUUACAGUGGGUUUUCUGAUGUACUGGCAGGCAGUGUGGUUGUUCAUCCUGGGUCAUCUCGCUACGUUCAACUUCGCGACCAGCUUACCAUUUCCUAUGAAGAAAAGCUUUUCCCUCUCAACAUUGCAGUCCUACGUCGAAACUCUCGUCAUUUCUCUGAGCGUGUAAAAGUCACAAACCAUAACGCUAAGGCCCUUGUGGAGCGAUUUGCAGCUCAUUCUCUAGUAGAGCGAAUCAACUAUCCGUCAGUUACCACACCAGACAUAUAUGAACGCUAUCGUCGACGUGGAGGGGGUUAUGGCCAUCUCAUGUGUGUCAUUUUCAAAGAACCAGCUAAUGCUGUUCGUUUUUAUAAUGCACUAGAUGUUUGCAAAGGUCCUAGUUUUGGAACUGCUUUCACUCUAUCAAUUCCAUUUUCACAACUUUUGACACCCGCAGAGCAAACUGCGCUGGAUGCUCAUGGCAUUCCAAGCCACUCAAUCAGGAUCAGCGUGGGAAUGGAAGACUUGGAUAUAAUAUUGAGGAAGAUUUCAGACGCGCUGGAGAAGGUUGAGAAA